AUGACUGCAAGACUCAGAAAAAUCGAAGAGCAUCUCAACAUGGCGAACGAAGCUAACAUCCAACUCUACACUACCGGGACGCCCAACGGGAUCAAAGUGUCCAUUCUGCUAGAGGAGCUUGGCCUGCCCUACCAGACGACCGCCAUAGAUUUGGCCAAAAACACACAGAAGGAAGACUGGUUCCUUGAGAUCAACCCCAAUGGCAGAAUCCCAGCCAUCACGGACAAGUUCGGCGACAAGACUAUCCGGCUGUUCGAGAGCGGCUCGAUUCUGCUGUACCUCGUCGACAAAUAUGACAAGGACCACAAGAUCUCGUAUCCCCACGGGACAGAGGAGUACUAUGAGACCAACAACUGGCUCUUCUUCCAAAACGCCGGUCUAGGGCCGAUGCAGGGUCAGGCAAAUCACUUCACAAGAUACGCACCCGAGAAGAUCCCCUACGGCAUUUCUCGAUACCAGAACGAGACACGACGCCUGUACCGUGUCCUAGACACCGCGCUCGAGAAGAGCAAGUCCGGAUUCCUCGUCGGUGACCGUCUCACAAUCGCAGACGUCUCGUGUUGGGGUUGGGUCGCUUCAGCCAAGUGGUCGGGUAUCGAUAUUAACGAUUUCCCCCGCCUCAAGAAAUGGCUUUACAAGCUGCUUGAGCGGCCUGGGUUCGAGAAGGGUCGAAAUGUCCCCACUGAGCACAAGGCCUUCAAGAUGGCCGAGUUGUCCGAGGAGGAGCUUGACAAGCUGGCGGCCGGCCCGCGUGCCUGGGUGCAGGCUGGAAUGAAGCAGGAUGCUGCAAAAUAA